AUGAGGGAACGGCCCACACAGGCAGAGAAGGAAACGGGAGGGGUCACACCGUUGAGUCCUUCUCCCCUGGAUUUGGGAGAGCAUCACUGGGCACUGUCUCCUUUGGCGGGUCCCUGCGGCGUACUGGACGCCAACCGGUCUUCUGCCCCAGGCCUGGCCCUAUACUCCCCAGGGCCUGAAUUUCUCUUCCUCACCACGGUGGGGCUGCUGGUGGACUCAGUGCAGGUGAGGGCUGAGUCAGCCCCCAGCCAUCUGCCUCCCUGCGCGGCCCAUGGCAAGUGGCUUCAGCCAGAUGAUGGGGUGGCUGAUGGCCUCAACGUGGGCAUCACCAGGGACCCUGUGAACCAGGAUGGCCCCCCUGUUGUUCUCUGGAGGGCAGAUCAGACGUAUUGUGACCGCCUGGUGCAGGACACGCCUUUCCUGACAGGCCACGGGCGCUUGAGUGAGCAGCAGGUGGACAAGAUCAUCCUCCAGCUGAACCGCUACUACCCACAGAUCCUUACCAACAAGGAGGCGGAAAAGUUCCGGAACCCCAAGGCGUCCUUGCGUGUGCGGCUCUGUGACCUCCUGAGCCACCUGCAGCGGAGCGGCGAGCGGGACUGCCAGGAGUUCUACCGAGCCCUGUAUAUCCAUGCCCAGCCCCUGCACAGCUGCCUGCCCAGCCGCCACGCUCUGCAGAACUCAGAUUGCACACAGCUAGACUCGGGCAGCCAGAGCGGCGAGCUGAGUGACAGGGGACCCAUGAGCUUCCUGGCUGGUCUGGGCCUUGCUGUGGGACUGGCCCUGCUCCUGUACUGCUAUCCACCAGACCCCAAGGGCCUGCCAGGGACCCGGCGCGUCCUCGGCUUCUCGCCUGUCAUCAUCGACAGACAUGUCAGCCGCUACCUGCUGGCCUUCCUGGCAGAUGACCUAGGGGGGCUCUGACAGACCCUGGACCCAGGGCCUCACCCGCCACUCAACCAAAGAGUCCUCCAGCCGACCCGCCAAGGGGACUGCUGCUUCUUUUUCUAAAUGCUUAUUUUUCAUUAUUUAUAAUUUGUGUAAAAAACAC